GUCCUAAAAUUUAAGCACCCGAGGAUAACGCUCAGCCGCAGAACCUAUAUAUUUUUUAAAAAAAAUAUAUACAACUUAUACAGUAAUUAUCCACAAAUUAUCCACCGUAAGUUUCACAAGUUUGAACUAUUCCUUAAGAUGUGGAAAAGAAGAAAUAUAUUGUAAAAAAUCGAAACCUUCUUUGUAUCUCAAAAGACGAAAAUACCCUCAAAAGAAUUUUGAAUCACAGAAAACUCGCCACGAAACUCUCAAAUGCAAAUGGUACUUUCCAUUCUCGAUCUUGUUCCCUUGUUUCUGUCCGCAGAAUAAACGAGAGGAGAGAGAAGGAAGUAAGAGAUAAAGACAGGAUCAAAUCAAACACACACACACAAAAGAAGCAAAGAAAACUAUUUUGAUAUACUUAGAGAGAGAGAGAGGAGAUGGAGAAGAUGAAGUGUGAGCUAUGUGAGGGUGUGGCGAGAAUGUUCUGUGAGUCAGACCAGGCGAGUUUAUGCUGGGACUGCGACGGUAACGUUCACGGAGCUAACUUUCUGGUGGCUAAACACGCGCGCUGCCUUCUUUGUAGCGCGUGCCAAUCUCCUACGCCUUGGAAAGCUUCUGGCCUUCGGCUCUGUCCAACCGUUUCUAUAUGCGAGUCUUGCCUUGCUCGUAAGAAUAACUCCGGCGCCGGCAGCAAUAGUUACGGAGAAGACGACGGCGCAGAAUCUUAUGAUGAGGAUGAGGAGGAAGAAGAAGAAAGUGAUGAUGAGGAAGAAGAAGAAGAAGAAGCGGAGAAUCAGGUGGUGCCAUGUGAUGCGGCUGCGGCGGUGCAAGAAUCUCCGGUGAUGAGUUCAUCGUCUUCCGUUAGCAGCGGAGAGGAACGUUUCAGUUUGGUAGCGAAAAGGACGCGACAAGAUUCAGAACUUAACUCCGAUGAUGAAGAAUCAAACGACGAGUCACGACCUUUGAAACGGCUGACGAGAGAUGCAACCUUGCCAAGAUCAGCGGCUAUGAUGAAAUCAACCUUAAAAAUCAAACGACUGUGAUACACCACCAACAAAUGUAGAAAUGUCAGCCGUUGAUUUCUCUGCUUAUUCAGAUUAGAUUAAUCAUCACUGUUCAUUGCUAACAGUUCAUCUUUUAGUGAAUCGAGUUUAGCUCCUUUAAUGGCUUAGUUUGUUUACAUUUCUUUCUCUAAAACCACAUGUAUUCGUUGAACCAUUUUUGCUUAGUACGUUUUCGUUUUUUGGUUGUAUUAUUCACCUAUCUAUAGUUAUGUUUGAUUUUAUUUGUUUAAGCUA